AUGGCGAACCCUCAGCCAAAAUCCAAUGUUGCACCAUUUACGCGUGCAGUCGUAGCUUCAAUGCGGAAGUUAUUUCCAGAACAACUGGCUGACAAGUCAUUUGAUAAUACCGGCUUGCUACUAGAAUCCCCGUUCCGCCCAGGCCAUCUCAAAAAAUCCGCCCUCAUUACCAUUGAUCUCACAACUGCCGUAGCAGAUGAAGCAAUUUCCCGGAGAGUUUCUAUUAUUAUUGCCUACCGUAAAACCCCCUUCCUUGCACGCUCAAAUGCAUAUUCUCAUCCACCUAAACCGAUAAAAUCUCUCACGCAAGGGGACACGCAGCAAAAAACACUAUUACGGCUUGCUCAGGAGGGCAUCAGUGUGUAUUGUCCCCAUACAGCCGUAGAUGCUGCACCGGGAGGUUUGAAUGAUUGGCUAGCAGAUAUCGUCGUUGGGGGAGAGGGGAAUAGCACCCGGUCGAUAAUAACACCUAUCAAAGACCCACCCCCAGGCUUUGAAUCAGCUGGCUACGGCCGCAUCGUCCGAUUCAACCAGCCUCAAAAACUCGGAAAUCUAGUGUCCGCCAUAACCUCUUCUCUUGCCCUAACCGGCGUCUCAGUCGCGACACCACAAACCGUCCCGGCGGGCGAAAAGUCACAGAUCUCCAUCUCAUCAAUCGGCAUCUGUGCUGGGUCCGGCGGCUCGAUGCUCAACAACCUAGAUGUUGACCUUCUAUUUACCGGGGAACUCAGUCACCAUGAAGCCCUAGCGGCGAUUGAGAAGGGCGUAUGUGUGGUUACUACUUUCCAUAGUAAUUCGGAGAGGGCGUAUUUCAGGAAGGUGAUGCAGCCGAGUCUUGUGAACGAGGUGACACAGGAGAUUUUUGAGAUGAAGGGACGCGGAGACUGGGAAGGGGAUGUGGAAGGCGAGGGCGAGGGCGAGAUGGUCAUUUUUGCUAGUGAUAUUGAUGCGGAUCCUUUCCAAAUUAUUUCGAGGGAGCAGAAGUGGUAA